GGAGAACACUGCAAGGCAAGAGGGAUAAGCAAAGAAAGAGAGCAAACCAGGGGUGGGUGGAGGAGGUAGAAGAGAGAGUGACAGUGUGGAGUAUGUGUUACAGGAGAAAAAAAAAAAGACACUCCGAGAGAGAAAAAGAGGGAGAGAGAGAGUGGGCGAGGCUGAUAUAAAAGGAUAAAGGCGGGGUUGUGGUUUGUGUCACAUGAUCCCCUCGCUGGCUGUAGCCUGGAAUUCUCCCCGGUCCCGCUUUCCCCGACUCUUCUUCCCGCUCCUCUCUCUCUCUCCUCUCCCGGCCUGAGCAGGCCAGGGAAUGUCCCGGCGACGAGAUGCCUUACGUGGACCGACAGAACCGCAUCUGUGGCUUUCUGGACAUCGAGGAGAACGAGAGCAGCGGCAAGUUCCUGCGCCGUUACUUCAUACUGGACACACAGCAGGGAAGCUUGGUGUGGUUCAUGGACAACCCACAGAACCUGCCCAUCGGUGCAGACUGUGUCGGUUCCCUGAAGCUCACUUACAUCUCUAAGGUCAGCGAUGCCACUAAGCUGAGGCCAAAAGCAGAAUUCUGCUUUGUCAUCAAUGCUGGGAUGAGGAAGUUCUUCCUGCAGGCCAACGAUCAGCAGGACCUUGUGGACUGGGUCAACGCUCUCAACAAAGCCACCAAGAUCACUGUGCCAAAAUUGUCAGAUGGCCAGCAGAACUCUGAAAACCAGAAGGCUUUGCCUGAUGUCGCAGGGCCCAAGAAACAAGUCUCCUAUAAAACAGAGAUCAUUGGAGGAGUUCCCAUUGUCACCCAGACACAGCAAGAAGGUGGUGACGGUGCAGACAGAGCGGAGCGCGAUGCCAUGCAGCGUUCCCACAGCCAGCUGCCGUACUUCCUGGGCAGACCGGCCCAGGAGCACACCGUCAUCAAGUCGGGCUACUGCGUCAAGCAAGGAGCCGUGAUGAGGAACUGGAAACGGCGAUAUUUCCUCCUGGAAGAAAACUCAAUGAGUUACUUCAAGUCAGAUUUGGAGAAAGAGCCUCUGAGAAUGAUCCCGCUGAAGGAAGUUCACAAAGUCCAAGAGUGCAAACAGAGUGACAUUAUGAUGAGAGAUAAUCUGUUUGAAGUCGUCACCACAUCAAGGACGUUUUACAUCCAGGCUGACAGUCCAGAGGAGAUGCACAGCUGGAUCAAGGCUGUCUCAGGGGCCAUCGUGGCCCAGCGGGGGCCCGGGAGGUCUGCUGCCACAGAACACGGCAGCCGUUCCACUUUCUACCGCAGCCCCGCGGGUCCCCCCGUCCCUCGCUCGCCCAUAUCUGCCAUGCCACCAUGCUACCCAGAGUGGGGGGCUGCUGUCCCGUGCGGCCCACGCUCGCAGCCUGGCGUGGGACAGCGAGCACUUCAUGAGCCUGCUGCCGCGCCCCAGUCACAGCCACACGCCAGCACGCCUGUCCCUGCAGGAGACGCGCCUGGCAAAGUGACCGGCGAGCCACCCGCGACCACCAUCGCUAACUCCGAGGAGGAGUCACCAUGGCGACGGCGGAGCAGCUUCGAGCCCCACAUGCCCGACGCACACCUGGACCUAGACGACGCCGAUCUGCCAGUGAGCGAGGUGUGACCCCGCUUCAGCCGGACGCUAAAACUUGCUUCUCUGGACGGAGGUGAAAGAGGAAGGAAGGUGUUGAAAAGGCAGGCUUUGGUUUCUUUAAGUCAAAGCUGCGUCACAAACUCAUCCAUCAGCGUGCAAGAGAAAAACAAGGUGGGUCACCUCUGAACUGCACUCGUGUGCCAAAGACGACCCAGUGUUCAGCCACCGCCCUCCGCCUGCCUGCUGUCUCAGUUACAACGGCGUAGUUAUUUACCAAGAGUUGAUUUUUUUUUUUUUUGUCAAAGCAAAACUACAUAUUUUACUUGUGCUGAUUAGAAUUCAUUGAAGAGCUUUAUUUUAACCUGUACAGGCACAGUGUUCGACGGUGUGUGUGUGAGCAGAGGAACCUUUUGUAAACCACUUUGUGCCAAGAAAAUAAGGGAGAUUUUAAGGGUGCAAGCUAUUUCCUCAAGUCUGAAAAGAGCGUUAAACUGAGGACUGGCUCUUGUUUUUUUUUUCCACCUCUCAAAUCUGUUAAUACUAAACUGUGUGGUCCGUUCAUACACUCAUGAUUCUAACACUGGAUCAAGCCUAGUCCAGAUCAGAUCCUCACUUUAAUGCAAAUCAAAGAUGGUGGACUGGGCUCGGACUAGAUUGAUAAUACUCGUGUAUGCAAGACCAAAAUGUGUUGCAGCCACAUUUCGUCUGGUUGUUCUUUUUUUUUUAACAGUUGCCAAGCCGCUGACUUGAAUUUCUUUGUUUUUAAAUAUGCAGGACGGUCGAGGUCAGUUGUUCGUGUGAUGUCGUCCUCCAUGAGUUUUUAGUUGAUCGAGUAGACUGUUAACGACCACGAGAUAAAGUACACACACACACACAUGUAAAUCUACAACGAAUAGCUUUUCUAGUUAAUCCACCUCCGGUAGUCAAGUGACAGUACUGUGCAGAAGUGCAAAAAAACAUCCUAAAGCUUUCACAGCAUGUGCAUCACAUUUCAACGUGAAUCAGCAUCUUUGCGAGCUGCAUUUCAGUCCGUCGGACUUUGUGGACUCACGGCGACAUGAGGAAGGAGGAAGAGCGUUUUACAGGAAGAGUACAAAAAGUAUGUUAAUAUGCAUUUUGUAACUGGUGUUAAUAAUAACCAACAAUACGUCAGCUACAGAGCGUCCUCGUGUCCUGACAGACUGACAGACUCACAUCAGGUACCUAAACCUGCAGCCCAUAGUUUGACGAUAAAACUGUACAAACACCACAAACGUUUUGGAUCUUGGUUCAACAGAAAAAACACAUUUAAGCUCAGACACUUCUGUUGCAUGCUAACAUUUUAAUAAUUCCUCAGAUUGUUUUUCUGUUUUUAGUUGAUCUACAGACGCUCUGGUUGUUGUGUAUUUGCAGACUAGAAACAGAUUUAUUUUUUUAUAUGCUUUUAAACGUGUCCUGGUCCUGUUCUUAUUGUAUCUGUGUUGCUAAUCCAGUAGCAGGCAGCUGCCUCAUGGUGUUAUCUAAAAAAAAGAAAAGAAAUAAAAACAAGUCCCUCCUAAAUCCUGCUAAAUAAUACACACUAAUCUUUUUUUUUCUUUUCUUUCUUUCUUUUUUUUUUUUUUAAGUGCCUGCUUUAUUUCAGCUCAGCAAAGCCAAGCUAUUUCACUCCGUUUUCAGUCUGGUGUAAUUGGUUUGAAUUGUCUCUAUUUAUUAUGUGGAUGACUUGAAAGAAAUAAACACUGAAAAUGUG